AUGGCACUCAUCCACAAGACGAUGGACCUCGAGACCCUUAUGGAGUAUCUCGAAGAGGUGCACGACAGUGCCGAUCGCGUCACCGAUGCGGCCCGCCGUUUGCGGAUUACGGAAGGCGACGAAAAUCUUGCUCCUAAUGCUCCUAAUUGGGGGUAUAUGACCCAGGGAUGGGGAAAUCGAGAACAGGGCCCUCCUCGGGGGAGCCAGCCUUGGGGAUACGGGCCAGACCACCAUGGUCCGGCCCCGGUUAAUGGGUACGGCCCAUAUGGCCGAGACCAGAGCCCGGCCCCACGUGGCGGGUACAAUCGCUAUCCGGCCCCACUCGGAUAUGAUCGCUAUCCCGGAUAUGAUCGCUAUUCCGCCCCACUAGGCGGAUACGACCCCCGCUAUGGGGAACAGUAUCGGGGCCCCGAACCGUACAGCAAUUACGGCGGUUACGGUUACGGUCUCUGCGACACACAACCCGGCGGUUAUAACUACGGUUACGCGAAUCAACACAACGGGAAAAAUCAUCAUAACCACCAGAAGUCAUUCAAGAAACACCAUAACCAACAAAA